AUGGAUGAUUUAAUUCAAUCCUAUCUAACGAUAUUUUGCCUUGGGGUUGGUUCUAUGAUAUCUUUACGUAAUCUUGGAAUUUCUAUUAAAUAUUAUUUUUCACGUCAUUAUGGAAAGAUUUCAGAUAUGUUUAGAAUAAUUUGCAAUUAUACCAUCCUUUGGCAAUUCGUUCUUCUAUUUGGAUAUUACGCAGCUCCAAGUCAAAUAACAUUAAGAGGAUGUCAAGCUUUAGGUUAUAUAUAUUUAAUUGGUAGAACUAUCUUUCGUAUAUCCUUUGCCGCUUAUCUUUUAUGGAGAUUAAGAAAGAUAGAAAAAAAACAAAAGGAUUCUAUAAUCGGAUCUGGAUUAUUAAUAAUUAUGACAAGUUUCUCUAUAUUAUUAUUUAUUUUUAUUAUUCCUCAAAUUUUUCAAGAAACAGACUCAGGAACAAUAACAAUAUAUUAUUGUGAUUAUGAAGAAAAUGAACCAACAGAAAUUUUAACAUGGUGUUCAAUCAUCAUGGAUUUUACUGUUUAUACUUAUGUAACAAUUCGAUUAAUUCAAAUUCUUCGUCAUAAUUCUAAUCAAGUUGAAUCUACAACAACAAGUGAUAAUGAAUUAAGUGAAAGUUAUAGGGUUAAAAUGAUAAAUUGGAGUUUGAUACUUUCUAGUUUAUCAUUUCUUAUGAUUUGGUUUGAAUUUUUAAAUGAUCAAUCAAAUGGUGUUACCGGUGGAUCUAUUUUAUUAUUUGUUCUUAAAACUUUAUUAUAUACUGCUUUAAGUUUUAUUAUUACAAUUGAUGAUGUUAGACCACCGAUUAAUGAGAUUAAUGAA